AUGGGUGAAGAUGAUCCUUUUGCGGACGUAGAUGAUACAGAUCUUCAGGGCCUCAUUGCUGAUAUAAUACCCGAGACUGAGAGGUGCAAUGCACAAGAGUAUGUGAACGGAGAUGAUGAUUUGUCAACAUGUAAUGACACAGAAGAUGAAAAAUGGGAUGAAAAUUUCAUUUCACAAUUGGGACAGCCGUCUGAAGACAGUGAAGAGAUGCAAGAGAGUGAAACAGAGGCCGAUGUUCAAACUGAAUCCCUUGAAGCAAAGAUCACUACUUUCAAUGAUGCCAUAAUAGCCUUGGAGGAUGUACAGAGCUUUCUAGAAAGCAAUGGGCAUAUGUCCACUUCAAUGACGUACAUUGGGCCUGCUGUCGAUGCUUUAUCUGCAUUACAAAUCGCUUCAAUGAGACAAAGCACCUUGCACGAUUACUUCCAACCGAGUUCUUAA